AAACUCCAUGGAAAAACGUCGAUAAGUGUCACGCGUUCCAUCCUAACGUUUAGCAAAGUAGAAGAAGUUGCGUUUUCUCGAGGAAAAUUUGAAUGAUCAUUAUCAACGAGAAGAGAGAAAAGAAAAGAGAGGAAGAUCGAAGGAAGUGUCAGUCGACAAGUUCAAAGGAAUCAAAACAUAAAAACCAAUAUUAUUUAAAACAACGUGUGUAUCAUCCAAAGUCCUUUCAGAUUGACAAAUGGUGUUAGCAUUUUUCCUCGGCUUAUGUAUCGCUUCUGCGGUUGGAUUACGUGGUCCACAUCAUCCAAGAAGUUCCAUUUCUCAUCAUCAUUACUCCCCACAGAAAGGUGUUAAGUUAACACAGGACACAGAACUUCUUCACGAUGCCACUCACUUGACAGAAGACAUGGGGCCAAUAGCGUCCCAGCUUGAUUUUUCAAAACUAAGCGAACAGGAGGUUGAAUUCCUUUACUUCAAAGCACAUGAUAUCGAUAAUAAUACUAAAUUAGAUGGCCUUGAAAUUUUAUAUGCUAUACAGCACACUUUUCACGAACUUAAUAUGGUCGAAGAGGGUAAAAGUUUGGAUGAGGAUGAACCACAAAUACAAGAGGAUGAAUUACCACGACUCGUAGGUCUUAUAGACAGAGUAUUGGAAGAAGAUGAUUCCAAUAACGAUGGUUAUUUAGGAUACGACGAGUAUGUUUUGGGAAGACGAAAGGAUCAUAUUACUCAAGCAAAAAGGAUUACUAGAAAUAAUAUUAAAAAUUAAAAGAAGGUCUUAUAUACACAUACAUUUAAUGUAUAUACAUAUAUCUAUAUAUAUAUACAUAACUAUUAAUUGUUAAUA